UCACCCUCUGAGUCUUGACUUUCAUGAAAACACAAUCACUUCUGCACUUGGACCAACUGCCCUGAGUCCGACGGAGACCGGACCGAACCGAACCAGAGCCGACCUCCAGAACCAACCCGAGGAGCAGCCCGUGUGGAGCCUCAGAGAGCGGCUGGAUGGACCCCAGUAAGAGCCCCAGUGCCCCUCCGCCGGACUGGAGCGGAGGGAAGGCGAACGUGGGCCCCGCGCCCCCCCCGCCCUACGAGGAUGUUCCCCAGAUGGGAUACGGACAGCCCGGAGCCGGGUACCCGGUCCAGGGUCAUGGAGCUGCCCCUCAGUACAGUGGAUACGGGCAGCCGUACCCGGGUCAGCCGUACCCCAGUCAGUUGUACCCAGGUCAGUCGGAGCUGGGUCAGCCAUACCCAGGUCAGCCGUACCCCGGUCAGCCAUACCCAGGUCAGCUGUAUGCUGGUCAGCCGGUUGCCGUCAGCGUCCAGCCCACGGUCUACGUUCCUCAGGGCCCCCUGGAGAACCCAGUCAACGACUACCUGUGCUACUCCAUCUUCACCAUGGUGUGCUGCUCCUGCUGCCUGCCCCUGGGGAUUGCUGCCCUCAUCUACUCCAUCACAGCCCGGGAGGCGAACCACGUCGGGGACCGGAUGGCAGCCGAGCGCAGCAGCCGGACAGCGAGGACGUUGAACCAUGUGGCUCUGGGCAUCGGCAUUGGGGUGAUGGUCCUGUCCAUCGUCUACAUCCUAGUGCUCGUCCUCGUCAAUUAGAUCUGUCUCUUCCUGAACGUCUCCUUUCCCGUUCUGUAGCCGGGGAUCCGAACGCAUCGGGGGCUUUUUCUACGAAGCAGGGGUCAGGGGUGGUGGGUGUGUCACCACGGUAACCAAACCACAUGUAGUUCUGGUGUCACCGGAUCGGAGUCAUGUGACUGUUGUAUCUGUUUUUCCCGUUGUGUGAGUUGGUAUUAACUGGUUUAGUCGAAGUCCAAUCAAAACCCAGAUGAGUCUGAAUUAAUCUGAACCGGGUUUUCUAAUUCACUUUAAAAACAUGUGACUGACGGUUCAGUCGGAUCCAUUUGUGCCUUAAUGACCUAGUCCACUGCUGUAAUUGGUCAGAUGGUGCCAGCCCUGCCCCUUUUAUCCAGAUUCAGACACACCUGUUCCACCUUGAGGAUCCGGACCACAGUCUGGAGUUUGGUCCUGUUCAUCAGGUCCUUUUCAGAACCUGCUUCGUGGUUCAGGCUCCAGGUCCGGAUGGGUCCAUGAAACGGGUCAGAACAUGGAGACGUUUCUGGGCUGAAGCUCCAGCGCAGAUGUUGCAUCUGCGUGUUGUCAUGGAGACUCUUGUUCUUCUUCUCUGUGUUUCUUCCUCUAUGUCCUUGUGCCUUCAACCCACUAGUGUCUGUGGACCUGAACACGGCUCAGGUCUAUGUGUUGAUGUUCUACGUUCAGACCCCACAGUGUCUGGGCAGGUGGGAAACUGGUCCAGGUUCUGUUCUGUUACGCCUUCAGGGUCUGGUCUGAGCGUUCACCAUCAAGUCAUUCCAUAGAAAACAUGGAGAACCAUGUGAUUGGACGAGAUAGAGGGGGGCGUGUUCGUCUGCUCUUUCAAAGCAAAAGCUGAAAAUUAUAUUGUAUCAGAUUUCAAAUAAAUAAAGGUUUUUUUUUGUUGAA